AUGGAAAAAAAUGAUGAAGAUAAUAUUUUAGAUAUUAAUGGUGUAAAUAUAUAUCUGCACAAAUUUUGGAAAAAUUUGGAUGAAGCGAAGUUGGAUGAUAUAAAAAACCGAUUUCAAAUGUAUAAAAAAGGGAGAGUGAACAAAAAAGAAUUGCUUGAUAUAUUAGAAUCGUACAUGAUAAUUUUGUCUGAUGAAGACUUAAAACCAUUGUUUGCGAAAAUAGAUAAUAAAAAACAAGGCUCAAUAAAUUUUUUAGAAUUCAUUCAGUAUUUGACAUACGAGAUAAAAACACAUUAUGAAAAUAAAAUAUUUUUGAAAAAGAAAGAACCACUGUCAAUGCCUAAAUUAUUAAUUAAAGAAGCAAUCGAAUAUGACAAGAAUCUUCCGAAUAAUAUCAUCGGUAUAGAGAUCAUACCGUUGACCAAACAACCAUCGGAAACACUGUUCGACCACGAUUUAUACGUGCUUAUUAAUGAAAACGGAGGGUUGCAGUUUUACUCGCCAAACAUGACUUUUAUAAAGACUCAUCAAUUAAGUGAGGAGAAUUUCUCGGUGAAAAGUAUGAUCGUGUUGCCCGACUACGACGUGAUAUGCGUGGCGUUGCUGUACCGGCUGAAGUUCUACGACCCGUCCAAUUUCCAGCUGCGGAUGACCGUGAACAACGUGCUGUUCACCUCGUGUCUGUCGUACGUGUACGAAAAGAAGAAGAGGUUAGGCCUGUCGCGGCUGGCCGUGGGCACGGACAAGGGCAACGUACUGGUGCUCGAGCUGUGGCCGCGCACCGCGGAGAUGAAUCCGUUUUACAAGGACGCGCACAAACUGUUCCAGCCGCCGCCGCCCGAGUACGAAGUCAGCGAUAUGCUCGACUACAACCCCAUCGUCCGCGAUAACUCCAACAACAGCCCGCCGUUUCGCGCCAUCCAAUACGCCGACCUGCACCCGGAGAAAGUACUCGGGGUGGCGUUCAGCGACGCGACCGGCCGGUGGUUCACGUCCGUGUCGGGGUCGCGACACCGGUCGAUCGCGUACUGCCGUGUGGACCACAAUGUCCAUCACAGAACCGUGCAGUACGCGGCGACCACGCCGAACGGUGCGCUGUGCGUGUGCGUGGCGCAUGUCGGCCACGCGGCCACCGGUGACCGAAUGGGUCGGCUGACGCUGUGGAGAGUGCACGCGUUGGCCGUGCAGGCCAUCGUCAGUUUGGAUGGGCACCGGACGGCCAUGCGUCGCGUGUUCUACGACCCGAAGGCGGCGCAUCUGAUCUCCGUGGCCAGCGACCUGACCGUGAUCGUGUGGGAUGCAGUCAAGCCGUCGCGGCUGGCCACGCUGGACGUUUGCGCCGGUCUCGUAGACCACCACGCGUACUCGGCCGCGCACUUCGACCGGACCAUGCUCGCGUUAACUUUGGCCGUCGGCGACGCGCUCGUCGUCUACAAUUGCGAAGAGAAUUUCGGCGACCAGGAGCCCGAACCCGUGGCCAGCGGCCACUCACACGACGCGCCCGUCCUGAAGACCAUGUACAACGCGCUGUUCCACGUGCUGGUGUCCGUGUCGGCCGCGGACUCGAUGAUCACCGUGUGGAACCCGAGCGCCGGGCGGCCGAUCGUCCAGCGGCCCAUGGCGCACACGCGCCGAAGCGAGUCCGACGGCUCCAUAGUACCAGUCGAGAUCACCGCGGCCGCGUUCGACCCGUCCCAGACGCUGCUGAUCACGGGCGCCACGAACGGCACCUUAAAGUUGUGGAGCCCCAGCGAUUUAAGGCAGCUCAACAAGUUCUCCAUACCGUCCCGCAACCGUAUAUCGGACAUAAUCUGGACGCCUCAUCAGCUGUUGAUAAUGGUCAGUAAUCGGCGGGCGACGAAGAUUCUAGUAACUUUCGAGUUGCGCCACGUGGUAACGUGGGACAUGAAACGCGACGAGUACGUGUUGAGCAUGUGCAUGAACUCGCAGUCGAAUUUGCUGGUGAUGACGACAAGCGCAGGCUUAAUAGUCUUUUUGUAUUCGCUGAGUAUCGAGAAAAGUUUGCGGAGAGAGCUAGGUAAAGGCGUCGGGGUAGCGGUCACGUCACGCUUCCUGCAGUCAAGACCCGAGGCCGUCGGAGUCGGUAAGCUGCUGUUAGCCACGUCUGACGGCGUGGUGCAGUUGUGGUGCACGCACGUAAUGCCUGUGUACGUGGCGCAGUUCGUGGCCACGCACGAGCAUGGCGACCACGUGACGUGCAUGUCGUCGGACGUGCGCGACCGGUACCUGUUUACCGGAUUCAACAGCGGCUACGUGAAGACGUGGCACGUGUCCGCCUUCGGGCAUCCGCAUCCCGCGGACACCGUGAGCGCUGAUACGCUUCAGCUGCGCUUUCCGUUCCUGCAGAAUUCGCCACGCAUCGGACGCGCCGAGCGCGCGGCUGCUGUGAACGUGGCCGGGCCGCAGCUGGUCAACUCGUACCGCGCUCACACGCAGAGGGUGACGCAUAUCGAGUACGUGGACAAACUGGAACUGUUGGUGACCAGCAGCGUGGACCAGAGCAUUCGCGUGUGGACGCUAGCCGGCCACUUCGUCGGCAUGCUAGGUACCCCGUGGUCGGCCAUACCGAAAACCGGGCCGGUUCAUCUGACGCAAUACGCCGCGCCCCCGGACAUCAAGUGCGAAGCGUCGUACACAACGUUGAAAGUCUUGGAGGGCACUGCGGACUCGACGGCGGACAGUGAGACCGAGAUAAGUGAUUAA